AUGGUUCAAAUUAGAAACGCGAAAGAAGGGUUAAAGCAUACCUUCUGGUUAGCAUAUCCGUUCUCAAGAAUGCUCGGCCACUGGCCACUGAGCGUUUCUUCUUCCGCGUUUUCCAAAAUUUUAAAUUCCUUUAUAAUUUUUAUCUCAUAUUUAUUGCAAUUGAUAGUCUUGAUCCCAAGCCUUCUGUAUGUAUUUCUGAAAGAGAAAAACCCAAGGAAGAAGAUUAAAUUGCUGAUGCCACAUGUCAACAUUAUCGCGCAAAUGAUUAAGUACACGAUUUUAUUACGACGAAUGAAGCAAAUUGGCAAAUUAUUGGACGAGAUAAGGAAGGAUUGGUCGAUAGCCACAGAGGAGAAUCGACAAAUUUUCAGCGCGACGGCGUCCAUCGAACACAAGAUGACGUCGAUAAUAGCGGUCACUGUAUAUGGUGGAGGUUUUCUUUACAGAACGAUUCUUCCAUUUUCGAAAGGCAAACUCGUUUUAUCGAACAACGUGACUAUAAGAUUGUUACCCUGUCCUGGUUACUUUGGCUCUUUGAACGAGCAAGUUACCCCGAAUUACGAGAUAAUUUUCACGCUACAAGUUCUCGCAGGAUUUAUCAUUUAUACAGCUGUAUGCAGCACCAAGAGUAUUUGUUUGAUGCUGUGUUUGCAUAUGUGUGGUUUGUUAAGGAUCUUGACGAACAAAGUGAUGGAACUGACGAAUGACAAUGAUGAACGAGUUGUGCAGGAGAAGAUCGUGCACAUUGUGGAGUAUCAGAUGAGGAUCAAAGAAUUUUUGAAUCAACUUGAUCAAUUUAUACCCGCUAUUUGUCUUAUCGAAGUUUUUAUCCAAGUAUUGAUUAUGUGUAUAAUUGGUUACUGCAUAAUCAUGGAAUGGCAAGAAAAUAAUGGUAUGGGUAUAAUUACUUAUGUUCUCGUCCAAAUGACUUGUUUAAUUGGCGCCUUCUCGGUAUGCUAUGUCGGUCAACUUCUAUUUGAUGAAAGCGAGAAUGUUAGGCAGGCAUAUAAUACGUUGAAGUGGUAUGAAUUGCCUAUAAGAAAAUCGCGCAGCUUGAUAUUAUUGAUCAUUAUGUCGAAUUAUCCAAUAAAAAUCACGGCAGGAAAAAUUAUAGAUUUAUCUUUAGUCACCUUUACUAAUAUCAUAAAGACUGCAGCGAGUUACAUGAAUAUGCUACAACAAAUUACUUAAGAUUAUUACGUAGAUUUUUUAAAGGACUCAUGAAAUAUUACACAAUUCAUGCAGUUAGCAAAAAAUGAACUAUGUACUCAGCACAUAUUUAUUUUUUUAUUAAAUCAAAAUUUAAUAAUUGGAUCGUAAUUACAGAAGAAAA